GCCAUCAAGUAGGAGAUGUCCUGCUGCUAAUGCUAACGGAGGUUUGUUGACCUCGUCAUUAACAACAGGUUCUGGGCCAGUUCUGAACUCAGUGUGAAUGAAUGGUGACCCGGCCAACUCACUUCAAGUUCUUCUGUCAGAUUCCAAAUAGUUUCUGUGGUACCAGAAAGAAUCAUGACAGCAGUAAUAUAUUGUAGAAUCCUGACAAUCAUAUUGGCUUGUGCUAUGAUGGUGAAUCACUGUCUCUGCAACCCAUCAGCCACAGUGAGCCAAGGGAGGUUGUCUGGCUCGUGGAUGACGACGAGGGGUGGGCGGCGUAUUGCUGCGUUCAGAGGUGUGCCCUACGCCGCCCCUCCAGUAGGUCAACUUCGGUUUCAGAGCCCCAAACAACCACAACCAUGGAGCGGAGUUAGACAAGCCAGAGAAGUUGGCAACAAGUGCAUACAGUAUAGUCGUAUUCUCGGUUUGAGUGGUGAAGAGGACUGCCUAUAUCUCAAUAUAUACACACCUAAUCUAGGUGGAAGUCGUAAGCUACCAGUCCUUUUCUUCAUUCAUGGAGGAGCAUUCAAGAUAGGAUCAGGUGGUACUUUCCUACAUGGCCCUCACUUCUUACUUGAUGAAGACAUUGUCCUUGUUACUAUAAACUACAGACUUGGUGUUUUUGGAUUCCUGACCCUGGAGGACAGCGUUCUACCUGGUAACCUUGGACUGAAGGACCAGAGAGCAGCCCUGAGAUGGGUGCAAGAGAACAUUGAACAUUUCGGAGGAGAUCCUGCAGCUGUCACAUUGUUCGGCAACAGUGCUGGAGCAUCCAGCGUUCAUCAUCACAUGCUGUUUAAUUCUGGAGAAGGACUGUUCAGAGCAGGUAUCUGCCACAGUGGGACUGCUCUGAGUGCUGGGGGCUUCCAGAGACCUGGAGCCCAGAGACCUCUAGUGAACCACAUAGUGAACCAGACAGGCUGUCCGUCUGAAGACAGUACUGUUCUUGUUGACUGCUUAAGAAGAGUCAGACCUUUCAGACUGCUCAGAAUCGUAAACUCUUUUUUUCCACCACACGACAGUUUGAAGAGAAAUGUGGAGCUGUCCCCAGUUAUAGAGCCAGACUGUGUAGAGGAUGCAUUUGUUACCAGUGACCCUUGGACGAAGACCUUCUCUAUGCCUAUGAUCAUUGGUACCAACAGAUAUGAGAGUCUUUUUACAAUUGCAGAUUACUUGAAGGAUGAGACAGACAGAACCUUUGAAGAGUUUAAUAGAAACUACGAUAACGUACUUCCUUAUAAUUUAAUGAUUGAAGACAGUACAACAGAUCCCAUUGUUGUUUCACAAAGCUUGAAACAGUUUUACUUAAAGGAUCAGAACUUCAAUAGAGAACAUGUCCUUCAACUUGUCGAUCUAUUAAGUGAUGGCUUAUUUAAUUAUGGCACCAGUAAAACAGUGAUGAACAACUUAAACAAUUCAUACUUAUUUUCGUUUAAUUACUUGGGUUCAAAAUCACUCUUGAAUUUGUUGGGCUACAACAAUGUUUAUGGUCCAACUCAUUUAGAUGAGCUUUUUCUCUUUUUCCCUUUCCCACUGAGGCAGGCAGAACGAGAUGAUAGCUUUGCUGAAGCUGAUGAGAUAUUGUCAAAACGGCUGAUUAAAAUUUGGACAAAUUUUGUAACUAACUUAGAGCCAACACCAGAAGUAUCUGAAGUAGACUGGAAUCCUGUUUCUUCAUCUGACAUGCAAUAUCUCAACAUCAGUGAUCCUUUCACUCUCAGGAUGGAAUCUAAUUUCUACAAGGAUAGAAUGGACUUCUGGGACACUCUGUCUCUCAGAGAUAAACCACUUGCAGAACUUCCAAGUUGCUUUGACCAAGGGCAGUGAUACUGAUGGAAACUAAAGUUGGUUGCACUAAAACAGUCUAUACUAAUUUGUUCCAAAGAAAAUGUUUUUAUUUUAUAUUAGAAAAUAUAAGUGUAUAGCAGUUGAAAAA